CCCUCCCUAUAAAUACUUUCCACUCUCUAAAUUAAUAAUAUUUACUCCACAUAAACUAGCUGUGAAAUAGCGAGGGUGAUUCCAGUCUCUGCGGUUGCGUGCAAAACUCGAAGGGGAAGGUUUCUGUGCCAUCGGUCGCUAUGAUGUCCAGAAGGUCAAGGUAUUCUCGCUCUCCUUCACCGCACAGGCGGUACAGGAGGUCUGUCUCGAAGUCUGUGUCAAGGUCACGGUCAAGGUCGAGGAGUCUUUCGAGUGAUGUGGAAAAUCCUGGUAACAAUCUGUAUGUGACAGGAUUGUCACCUCGAAUCACAAAGAGAGAGCUUGAGAAGCAUUUCGCAAGUGAGGGAAAGGUGAUGGAAGUUCAUCUUGUAGUUGAUCCAUGGACCAGAGAAUCCCGUGGCUUUGGGUUUGUUACAAUGGCUAGUCUUGAGGAGGCUGAACGCUGUGUUAAGUAUUUGAACCAUUCUGUACUUGAAGGCCGUGUGAUUACAGUGGAGAAGGCUCGGAGGCGAAGAGGGCGAACGCCUACUCCGGGAAGGUAUCUUGGACUGAGAACAAUUCACGUGCGCCAUAGAUCUACCAGCUACUCUUCUCGUCGAUCUCCCAGCUACUCCCCUCGGCGAUCUCCCAGUUAUUCUCCUUACACAAGGGGCUGGAGCCGAUCGCCACGUUACUCAUAUGAACGUAGUAGGAGUAGGUCAUACUCCCCAAUAACCGUCGGAGGAGGUCAUACUCCCCCUAUUAUGACCGGCGGAGGUCAUACUCUUCUUACUACAGACGCAGAUCAUACUCACGGUCACAAUCCCCUUAUAGCAGAUCACCUGUCAGCUGGCGUGAUCGGUCUUACUCACCAGAUGACCGAUACAGUAGGAGGCACCGCUAUCGUUACCGUUCUGUCUCUCGAAGUGUGUCACCAAGGCCAAGGAGGAUGUCAAAGAGAAGCUACUCUAGCAGUGUCUCACCCAGGCCAAGGAGCUCUAGAAGGAGCUACUCAAGAAGCCCUACCCCUAGAGCAAGGAGCUGCAGGAGGAGGAGUUGCUCUCGAAGCAUUUCCCCUAAACUUAAGAGCUCUAGGAAGACGCCAUCAUCAAGGCGUGGGUACUCGAGAAGCUAUUCUAGGAGUCCGAGUCGAAGUUCAAGGUCUGUUAGUUCAAGGACUGAUUUAGAGUGAGAAACAUUCUCUCUGCCUAUCUUACUCUUUUACCUAGUUAGGGAUUCUGGUCCUAUGGACAAGUAGUAUAUACUCUGUAUAUCGGAGAAUCUUAUGGUUUGUCUUAUAAUAACAUUCGACUUCUAUUAUAAA